ACCUCUCUCACAACAUCGCGCCGCCAGCUUCUAUCGCCCAACAUGGCCAACGACGAAUAUGACUUCCUCUUCAAAGUGGUGCUGAUUGGUGACUCGGGCGUCGGAAAGUCCAACCUUCUCAGUCGAUUCACCCGAAACGAGUUCAACCUCGACUCCAAGUCGACGAUCGGUGUCGAGUUUGCCACCCGUUCCAUCCAGGUCGACUCCAAGACGAUCAAGGCACAGAUUUGGGACACCGCCGGCCAAGAGCGCUACCGCGCCAUCACGUCGGCCUACUACCGUGGUGCCGUCGGCGCCCUUCUCGUAUACGACAUCAGCAAGCAUCAGACCUACGAGAACGUCACGAGAUGGCUCAAGGAGCUGCGCGACCAUGCCGAUGCCAACAUUGUCAUCAUGCUGGUCGGAAACAAGAGCGAUUUGCGCCACCUUCGCGCCGUGCCGACUGAGGAGGCCAAGGCCUUUGCCAGCGAGAACAACCUCUCUUUCAUCGAGACGUCUGCCCUCGAUGCCAGCAAUGUCGAGCUGGCCUUCCAGAACAUCCUGACUGAGAUCUACCGCAUCGUAUCUAGCAAAGCUCUCGACUCAGGCGACGGCGCGCAGGCUAACAUCGCUGCCGGCACAAGCCUGUCGCUCAGCAAGCCCGCAGACGAGAACGCGGACAAGGGUGGCAAGUGCUGUUAA